AUGGCCAACUGGUCUAAUGCUUCCUCUGUGUGUGAGUGGAAGGGAGUUACAUGUGGUCGUCGUAAUCGACGAGUGAUUGCUUUAGACAUCUCCCAAAUGGGCCUUUCUGGAACCAUUCCUCCACAAUUUGGAAACCUUUCAUUUCUUGUUUCCCUGAAUAUGAGUGGCAAUAGUUUUAUUGGGAAUCUACCUGAUGACUUAUCUCAUUUGCGUCGAUUGAGAGUCUUUGAUGUUAGUGCCAACAAUCUCACUGGAGAAAUCCCUUCACAUAUUGGGUUCUUGUCCAAUCUUCAAAUAUUGAUUCUUGACCAUAAUCUCUUCAUCGGAUCUAUCCCUCUUUCCUUUCUAAACCUGUCAAAGCUACAAACCGUGGACUUGAGUGUUAAUAAAUUCAAUGGCUCUAUCACAUCUACAAUCUUCAAUGUUUCCUCAUUGGAAAGUUUAAGAAUCAUAGAAAAUCAUUUCACCGGUACCAUUCCCGUAGAUUUGUGUCUUCGACUUAUAAAUCUGAUAAGGCUCGACGUAACCAGUAACAUUUUAAGCGGGGAAGUGCCAAAGGGUUUAUCCAUGUGUUCCAAAGUAAGAUAUUUGGGGUUGAAUUAUAACGGCUUUGUGGGAACAAUACCACCUGAACUUGGGAACUUAACAAGUCUUAAAAUCCUUCGUCUUGGAGGUAACAACCUUGAAGGUACAAUACCUCGAGAAAUGAGCAAUCUUGAAAAGUUGGAGUACCUUCUUUUACAAUUUAACUCUCUUAGUGGUUCCAUACCACGAGGUAGCCUUCCCCCAAAAAUGGGCUAUAAGCUUCAAAAUAUCAUAUCAAUUGGCCUCAAUCUUAAUAACCUUAGUGGAGCUAUUCCAAGCUAUAUCUCAAAUUGCUCUGAACUAGAAGUCCUAUACCUCGAAAGUAACAGUUUUAGUGGCCCAAUUCCUAAUUCUUUGGGAGAGUUAAAAUUUUUGGAGAAAUUAAUGAUAUUCAAUAACAGGUUGACAAGUGAAUCCUCUUCUACAAAGGUCAAUUUUAUGACUUCAUUGGCAAAUUGUAGAUACUUGAGAACACUAUCGAUAUCUAAUAAUCCUUUGAGUAUUGUCCUACCAAGUUCCUUUGGUAAUCUCUCCAACUCCCUUGAGCUCUUCAAUGCAUUUGGUUGUAAUAUAAAGGGCAAAAUUUCAAAUGAAGUUGGUAAUUUAAGUAGUCUCAUGGGACUAGACUUAUCCCAAAAUGAAUUGACCGGAGUUGUUCCUAGAGGUAUAAGAGGUCUAAACCAACUUCAAAGGUUGAACCUUGUAAAAAAUAAACUAAGUGGGUGUUUGCCAACUAGCAUUUGUAAUUUGAAAUACUUGGACAGUUUGUAUUUAAGUGAAAAUCAAAUUUGGGGUUCUAUUCCUGAGUGCAUGGGGAAUGCUACUUCUUUAAGAGAGAUAUAUCUACCCUAUAACAGAUUGAGUUUUAACAUACCAUCAGGCCUCUGGAAUCUUAAGGACCUCUUGAAACUUGACUUAUCUUCAAAUUUCUUGAAUGGCUCUUUACAUCCAGAGAUUGGAAACAUGAAAGUUGCAAUAUACAUCAAUCUAUCAAUGAAUCAUUUUUCUGGCAAUAUUCCAACUACCAUUGGAGGAUUGCAAACUUUGACAAACUUUUCUUUAGCUAAUAAUCUUCUACAAGGAUCUAUCCCUGAUUCUUUUGGAAGCAUGAUUAGUUUGGAAUACUUGGAUUUGUCAAAUAACAAUCUGACAGGAGGGAUUCCUAGGUCUUUAGAGAAGCUCUACUAUCUCAAAGGUUUCAAUGUAUCUUUCAAUAGGUUAAGUGGGGAAAUCCCCAGCAAAGGCCAAUUUGUAAAUUUCACUUAUCAAUCUUUUCUGUCCAAUGAAGAUUUGUGUGGUUCUCCAAGGCUAAAAGUGCCAGCUUGCAAUGUUCAUUCUAAUUCUCAUCCAUUAAUAAGGAGAACACUUUGGAUUGUUUUCAUCUCUGUGGCUAUGUUGAUAGUGGGAAUCUCAGUGAUUAUACUUUUAUUAUGGAAAUGCAAAAUAAAAAAUUUCACAACCAAUGAGGUUAACUCUUUACAAAAAAUAGUGCCAUUGAGAAUUUCAUACUACGAACUUCAAAGAGCAACUCAAGGGUUUAGUAGUAAUAACUUUCUAGGGGCCGGAAGUUUUGGUUCUGUUUACAAGGGCACAUUUGGAAAUGGGUUACUCUUUGCCAUCAAGGUCUUUAAUUUGCAAGUUGAAGAUGCAUUCAAGAGUUUUGCUACUGAAUGUGAAGUUUUCCGCAAUCUCCGUCACAGAAAUCUCAUGAAGGUGAUAAGUGCUUGCUCUAAUAUGGAUUUUAAAGCACUCAUACUUGAGUACAUGCCUAAUGGUAGUUUAGACAGUUGGUUGUACUCUGAUGAUAGGCAAUCUUUGCACAUCAUGCAAAGCUUAAACAUAAUGAUUGAUGUGGCAUGUGCAUUAGAGUAUUUGCACUAUGGUUACUCAAGUCCAAUUGCUCAUUGUGAUUUAAAGCCAACCAAUAUUUUAAUUGAUGAAGAUAUGGUGGGACAUGUAAGUGACUUUGGCAUUGCGAAGUUGCUUGGAGACGAUGAAUCGGUCGCUUAUACCAUAACCAUGGCCACAAUUGGAUACAUAGCCCCAGAGUAUGGAUCAAAUGGGAUGGUCUCCACGAAAUGUGAUAUUUACAGUUAUGGCAUAAUGUUGUUGGAAGUGUUUACCAAGAGGAAGCCAAAUGAUGAAAUGUUCACCGGAGACCUUAGUCUAAGGAGUUGGGUUUCUAAUUCACUUUCUCAUACUCUUGAAGAAAUUGUGGACCCAACUUUAAUGAGGCCCGAAGAAUUGAAAGUUAGACAAAAAUUGCAAUGUAUAUCAUCUAUUUUGGAGCUGGCUUUGAGUUGCACAACCGAGUCUCUCGAGGAGAGGAUGGAUGUUCAAGUUGUCCUGACAAAACUAAACAAGAUCAAACGUGAAUGUCUCACAAUUUUUUAA